AUGGCGAGUCUUGCGUCCUUCCGGUGCCCGAUCGGUCACGAGAUGAUGGUCGACCCCGUCGUCGCGAGCGAUGGCCAUACGUACGAGCGCGCGCAGAUCGCGAAGUGGCUUCAGACGCACGAGACGAGUCCGAUCACCAACUGCAAACUGGCGACGAAGGCGCUCCUGCCCAACCACACGCUCAAGCAAGCGAUCGCCGAGUUCCAAGCGUACGUGGCCUCGGGCCGCCGCCGCGAGCGCGAAGACGACGUGGCGACGGACCGGCCUGCGCAGGCUCGGCGCACGCACGAGACGCAGCACACCGCGACGCGUCGAGUCGACGACGACUACACGACCGACGACAUGCAUUUUGACCCGGUCGGCGGCUACUACUCGUGGAACGGUGGGCUUGAUAGGUACUAUGGGUCCGAUUCCGAUAGCGAUUGA